CGAAGGAAUAUAAAGAUUUAAUCUGAAGUUUUAAGCAUACAAUAAUAGCAAUUACUCGUAUCUUGUUAAUUUAUAUUGUUACAUUCAGUGGAAUGGAGCGAAGUAUUCAUGAAAUGCUAAAAGAUGCUCCAUCUUUAAAUGACAGUGAUAGUGCAGUUCAUAGUGGAACUCCUCCACCUCAUGUACCAAACAAUUGUAGUAACGAUAGUCAACCCAGACCAGCUACAAUAAAUUUAACAUUGGGUAGUCCUACCUCACAAAUGUCUGUAACAGUAUCUCCAAAUACACCUAUUCAAAAUGGUGAUACACAGACAAUGCGUAUUGCUCAGAGUAAAAUUGAAAGCAUUAAAAAUUGGAGUAUUUCUACAUACAAGUGUACGAGGCAACUAAUGUAUGAAAAACUUGGAAAAACAUCUCGUACAGUAGAUUCAGAACUUGAAACGCAAAUUGAAUUAUUGAGGGACACUCAGAGAAAAUACUGUAAUGUUCUACGGUUAUCUAGAGCAUUAGCUUCUCAUUUUCAUCAUGUUGUUCAAACACAACAUGCUUUAGGAGAAGCAUUUUCUGAAUUAGCACAGAAAUCUCCGGAAUUACAAGAGGAAUUUCUAUAUAAUUCAGAAACUCAAAGAAAUCUGACUAAAAAUGGUGAAACAUUAUUAGGGGCCUUAAACUUCUUUGUCUCUUCAGUGAAUACACUUUGUAAUAAAACUAUUGAAGACACUUUAUUUACAGUACGACAGUAUGAAACAGCAAGAAUAGAAUAUGAUGCUUAUAGAACAGAUCUUGAAACAUUGGCACAAAUAACAAAAAAUGAUAACAGCAAUGUAGCAAGAUUAGAAGCAGCACAGGCUAAUUAUGAAGAACAUAAACAAAACUUUGAAAAACUAAGAUCAGAUGUUUCGAUUAAACUCAAAUUUUUGGAUGAAAACAGGAUUAAGGUAAUGCAUAAACAAUUAUUGUUGUUUCACAAUGCAGUAUCUGCCUAUUUUUCUGGAAAUCAAACUGCAUUGGAAGCUACAUUGAAACAAUUUAAUAUAAAAGUUAAAUCACCAAAUUCAUCUUUACCAUCAUGGCUUGAACAGUAG